AUGCCCUGGAACGCCAAUUCUUUUUUUACCUGCCCCUCCUCCCGGUGCCCACUGCCCAGCCCCAGCUCCCCGUCCCCCAAGAGCCAAAUCAGCAAGUCCCAUUUCGCAUGGCUCGUGUGUGCACACUCACAGCCAGCCACCUCCCCCCGUCUUCACAACCCCACACUCAAGUGUCCACAGCUUCCAAGUAACAAAGGGAAAACUAGCCCCCACCCGCCCUGGUACGAGGAGAGCAGCCCUUUCCCCCUCUUCCUAAACCACAGCCCCAAGCUCGGGACAGCAGCAAACGCCUUCUCCGAACAGCUUCACCCCCACCGCCACGUCCUGUCUCCCCCCUCGACGGCCCCUCUUCUCUUCCGACGCCCACCUCCCCUUUGGGUUUCCAUCUCCUACCGGGUCUCCGCUGCCCUAGCGGUGUCCCUGGCGAGAACCGCUCACACCCACCGAAACAAACCUACCCUGGCAGCAUCCUGGCGCCGCGCGAUCGGUCCCCACCCCAGCCCCUCUCCCUCCUCGUUAGAGGAACCCAACUUCGCCACCUCUGCAGCCGCUUACCUGCGCGGCGAGUCCCCUCCGAGACAAUCCCAGGAGGAUGAGUCGAGUCCGGAGGAGCCUGGGAGUGGCGAGGCUGGGGGAGGGCGGUGGGCGAGGCUUUCGCUGUUUUUCCCGCCUCCCCUGCUGGGAAGGGUGGGGGCGGGCUGGAGCGGCGGGUCCGGCAGGGGUGGGGAGUGGUGGGCGGGGGCUCGGCCGGGGCUGGGCUCCGGGGACCGCGGUGUCACCAUCCGCCGGCCUCCAGGCAGCGUCGGCGCGCGGACCCCCUUCUCGCCCGGUGCUGCCCGCCCCUCGAGCGCGCCGCCGCAGCUCCUGGGUGCGGGCGGGAUUCAAAGGGCGGGCCGCUUGGAGAAGCAACAGGAGACGGCCGCCGCGGGGACGGGCCAGCGCGCGCGCAUCCGCCGCCAGCUGUUGCUUUUUGGUUUUCCUCGGCUGAGGGUGGGCAGGGAGAAAGACAAACACGAUGACACAGCUAGUGUCUCUCCGAAAUAG